GAGAAAGAGAGCCAGGGACAACAACGUCACAUUGGAAAGAGACACCAUGAAGCUGCUGGUUGUGUCUGCACUUCUUUGUGGAUUGAUGGUUCUGACCACUGCUGCUUCCAAGAGUCACCUGGUCAAGAGGUCCACUGGUUGUCCUUUUGGUUGGACUCGCAACAGUGAUCGCUGCUUUCUCUUUGUUCCAACAACCAUGAGUUGGGCUAGAGCUGAGAGAAAUUGCUUGUCCAUGGGGGCAAACCUUGCAUCAGUGCACAGCAGCAGUGAGUACAAAACGAUUCAGAGUCUGACUGCCCCUCAUGGCAAUCCUAAAACUUGGAUUGGAGGGACAGAUGCACCCCAGGAAGGUAUUUGGUUGUGGAGUGAUGGCUCCAGUUUUCACUAUUCAUACUGGUGCCCAGAAGAGCCCACUAAUGGUCAGAAUCAGCACUGUAUUCAGAUGAAUUAUGGAGGUUCCAAGCGCUGGGAUGAUACGCUGUGUGGUGAACAUCUGCCAUCUGUCUGCGCCAAGAAAGUCUAA